AUGGCAUCAGUUGAAUCAACUCAAAAUGGAGAUUGCAUUGAUGCUAUGACUUUUGACUGGUUACUUCCAUUGGCAUCCUCUGAUGCAUGUGACGACUUUGGAGAGCCUGAGAUGCUUCCUCGAAUUGGAGAUGAGCAUCAAGUUCAAAUUCCAUCCCUUUUAGGAGAGACCAAUUGUAUUUCUUGCACAAGGAAUGCAUCAUAUGCACAAAAUGAAGCCCAUUUCGACGACAAAUUUUAUAUCGGGCUACCCAUACCAUUAAUAUUGGUGAGUAAGGAAGGUGAAUGCCUGAAGCAAGAAACGUUGAAACUUCCAAGUGAACCAAAAACCAUUCCAGACUCUGGACCAUCCGAAUCUAAAAAUAUCAAGACAACAGAGAUUUUUUCCCAUGAUGAGAAUGUUGGAAUCAUCAUUGGGCCUUCAUAUAAUACAGUAGAUGAUGGGGGACCAGCAGAAGAAUCGAAAGAAUUACCAUCAAAUGAGAAAUUGAGUACUUGCAGUGGUCAAGAAUUUCUUUUGCUUCCCGGAUUUGUUAGUGAUUAUUUGAGUGACAUUGAGAAGGAACCAUUCUUGCUUGGUUUGUACAUUUUUGGAAAAAAUUUCAUUCAACUGUCGCGAUUCAUUGAAAGUAAAGGGAUGGGGACUGUACUUUCAUUUUAUUACGGUAAGUUUUAUAGGUCCCGUGAAUACCGUAGAUGGUCAGAAUGCCGGAAGAUGAAAAGCCGAAGAUCUGUACAUGGACAGAAAAUAUUUUCUGGACUGAGGCAGCAAGAGUUGCUCUCUCGUAUACUUCCCAGUGUGUCAGAAGAAUGCCAAAAUGCUUUGUUGGAGGUCUGUAAAACAUUUGGAGAAGGAAAGAUGUCACUAGAAGACUACGUCUUCUCUUUGAAGACAAUGGUUGGGACAAACAUUCUCGUAAAAGCUGUUGGAAUUGGCAAAGGAAAGCAAGAUCUCACGGGAAUGGCCUUUGAAACUUCAAGGCCCAAUCAAGUUAUCCCAAUUCGCCCAGAGAUUCCAACUGGCAAAGCGUGCUCGGCUCUUGCACCUAGUGAAAUCAUCAAUUUUCUAACAGGAGACUACCGGUUGAGCAAAGCUCGGUCAAAUGAUCUAUUCUGGGAAGCUGUUUGGCCUCGUUUAUUGGCAAGAGGUUGGCAUUCGGAGGAGCCUAAGAAUCAGGGUUAUGCUGCUGUUUCCAUGUAUUCUUUGGUAUUUCUCGUGCCGGGCAUCAAUAAAUUUUCAAGAAGGAAAUUAGUGAAAGGCGAGCACUAUUUUGAUUGUGUAGCUGAUGUCUUGAACAAGGUUGCCAGAGAACCUGGGUUACUCGAGCUUGAAAAUGAAGAAGAUGAAAGGAACAAGAAGAAAGAAGAGUACAAGUGGGCCAGUGAAAGUAAGUUAGUAAAAGAUGAUGAUGAGCUACCUAUAAGGCAACACCAUUUUUAUCUUCAACCUCGCACCCAUAAAUGUAAUACAGAUGCCAUGACAUUUACAGUUGUAGAUACAAGUUCUGCGGAUGGAAAACCUUACAAAGUGAGAGAAUUGAGGAGCCUGCCAUUUGAAAUCUCAAACACGAUAAUUUCUCAAAACCGUUCUAACGAUAGCAAUGGGGAUACUCAUGAUGAGGCUACCGAUGAAUCUGACAUUGUUGAUACCAUGUUAGUUGAUGACAGUGAGACAAAUAAUACCAAUCUUGGUACAACUAAAUCCAGUGUGGAAAUGCUUCCUGGCAGGAAAGAUCAUGAUACUGUAUACCAAGGAAGUGAUAUUUCAGUGAGUAAGUUGAAGAACAAAAAGGAUUUGCGCCAGGACAAGCAAUCAAGAAAUUUGGUAAAAUCCCGGUUGGGCAGAAAACUGAAACGGAAAAAUGUGGACAAUGUAGCUCCUACUACCAAACGGCAUAGGAGAUUAAACGCUUGUAGUCGUAAUGAAACAAGCAAUGGUGUGACUCAUUCAACUUUGGUUCCCAGUCUGGAAAAUGAAAUAAUUAGUUUGUGCUCAGGUAUUCAUGAAUUUACUGAGAAUAUAUCUGCUCAAGCAGUUUCAUCACAAGAAAAGUUGUCAUAUACCGGUUCGUCGAAAGGUAGCCCUAGCGGGAGUGUUGAAUGUACAGAACCUCAUCCUCGGCACCUUCAAAGUCAUUCAUUGAUUGAUUUAAACUUGCCUCAAGUUUCCCCAGACUUGGAGAAUGCUGUCUUAACAACAGAAAUACUUAAAGAGGAAGAUGACCAAAUACUCAAGCCAGAUGAUCAUUGUCCACUAAAAUCCUCUAUAGUUGAGGGUAAUUCAGGGGAGCAGCCUAACCCAAAUCUGCAGAGGCACAGCACGAGAAACCGACCUCUAACAGCAAAAGCAUUGGAAGCUCUAGCAAACGGAUUUUUAACUACAAAUCGGAAACGGAAAAAUAAGGAUACCACUUCACAAGAAAACCUGACACCAAGACCUCGACGGUAUGCCCGUGACAUGGUGGCUCUUAAUGAGUUCAGCAAUGAUACUGUGACUUCCCAAAUUCAAGAAGAUCAUCGGCAGAAACAGGAGACUGAAGAAGAGUACUGCCCCACCCAUUGA